CGUGUGUUCUCGUGCUCGCCGCUUGCAUGACGGCUGCCUGUUAUGUUCACCCCGCCACCACUGUUUAGUUGUUAUUCGCGCAUUCGUUCAGAGCAGGUCUUACCCAACUAGUAGGAGUCCUGCAGGACCGCGUGAGUGUGGCUUUGGUGGAUUGCGUGUAUUUUGAUUUGGGUCAGGGCUUGGAAAGAUGGCUAGAUUGGAUAAGGGUAUGCAUUCCGUACGAAAUACGGCAUCACGUGACGUCGCGUUGUACUCUGCCGUUAUUGCGAGACGGAGGCGCAGAAACCCUUGCGUUUUCCGGACCUGGCGCUCACGUACGAUUUGGUUUGUGCAGCAGGGCGUUGGGCAGGUAUGCGAUCCGGCGUUUGGGCCGGCCUAGGCACACAUAGGUGGAAAAACAGGGUAUAAAGGUCGGCGGGUGUAUGCUAGGCAAGACACGGUCGACCUCGAUCGGGGCCUGUGCGCAGGCACUGCGGCACUGGCAGGCUGAUGCUUGUCCUUGGAUGACCAACGAUGGUGGUCGUCGUUCCCGUGUUCAUGCUCCGCGUCCCGCUGGUUGGGAUUUUGCCUAAGGCAAAGCUUGAGACUUGGGCCUGGGGCUGCACGCGGGGGUGAUGGAUGCGAAUUGACUUCGUUCCUAGCUUCACAAAUCUUUUUCCUGGGCUGCAAAGGGUGCUGUGCAUCCAGGUACUAAGCCUUAUUCGCACAAUGGUUUGGAUUUGGAAUGCGCCCUGGUUUGGGGGUGCGUUGCAUACCCCAGAUCGCGCAUAUGCCUGCAAGGGACAAGCGAGACGAAGAGAUUUGCGAGGAGGGCUGGAGGAAGGGUGCUGGGCUUGCUUACAUUGCCCUUCUGUACGAGGCCACGAAACGGCGGUUUCUUAACAGUGGAUUGAUUAUGAGGACUGGCUGCGACUCGGAGGAGGAACGUCUGGAUGCCAUAACGACUGCCUUGACAACAGGCAUUGCUUUUGCCAGGGUUCUGUUAAAACGGAGCAAGAAAGGUAUAAACAUGAAAGCAAUCCGACAGAUACAGGAUGGCGUGGUGCUCACCCCAAUUGAGGUAGCCUGGGUGGAGAGACCGGAGGGCUCGUACUAUUUUGCAUUUGGAGGCUGCCACCGUUGGGCUGCCCACAUAGAGCUCGGCAGUGCGACCAUCCCAGCUCGACUCAUUAAAGUGUCACCGGCAACCAUCAACACCUUCCUGGGAUCAUCAAGCCCGUUCCGGAGCCUAGGUUGAUGGGAUGGGAUGGAAAUGUGCCUACCGCCUGGGGAAGCCGGAAGACAACCUGAGAACCGAUGACCAUAGAAUCAAAAUCAAACCAUAAAAUCAAAAAAAAAAGAGGUUUGGUGGCGUCUCGCGGUUGAUGGGGUGACUAUGUUAGGAAAUUCCCAUCUUAGGAUGUCGAGCCCAACGAUAUGUGGUUGUGGAGGUUAUCCAAUAGGUUCAGUGGGAGGUGUAUCCCCUCGCUAUCAUCAUUUCUGGGCCUGUCCGGUGGCACAGGCAG